ACUUUUCUCUGUCGGUUUCGUCACUUCGACAUGCUUUGUUGACAUUUUUCAAUGUCAGAAUUGUCAAAUGUCUGAUCAGUGGAUGGACAACCGGCUGAGUUGUUCCGAGACUGGUUGCGAUAAUACUUUCACUUUACUAUUCUAUUAAGAAUUUUCAGGGCCGCGGUUCUCGUAACGUAGUAUGCCAGUCUUGGCGUGGUAUUUAUUUAAUAUCUGACGAAACAAGUGCGUUCCAUUAGAGCCACGUACACAAAUAGAAUUAUUUUACGUAAACAGCGAGCCUUUUCUCGCUUGUGAAGCAUGUGUACAUAAUUUUCACUCAAAUUAAAAUAAGCAACCGAGUGAAAAUGGGUAUGGAGAAAUAUAACAAUAUGGAUGGCAAGCCAUCAGAAUACCUGUAUCCUCCCGAGAUACUCAAGCGUCUGGAUUUCGACAAAAGCCCGGCGAAGUUUAAGCCUAAGAUCAGCGCGGCGAAUCCCGGGGAGGACUGGAUGGCCGUAAGGCCACUACAGCGCUCUGAUUAUGAUAAAGGAUUCUUGCAGCUGCUUGGGCAGCUGACCAGUGUGGGCAAUGUCACGCGAAAGCAGUUUGAAGAUCGUUUCACAAAAAUGAAGCAGUCUGGCGGUUACUACGUCACAGUCAUCGAGGACACCCGUAUAUCUAAACUGAUUGGAGCAGCCACACUCACUAUUGAACAGAAGUUCAUACAUAACUGCUCUGUGAGGGGACGACUUGAAGAUGUUGUUGUCAACGACACUUACAGAGGCAAGCAGUUGGGAAAAUUGAUCGUAGUAACAGUAUCGCUGUUAGCUCAGGAGCUUGGUUGCUACAAGAUGUCUUUGGACUGCAAAGACAAACUGAUCAAGUUCUAUGAGACUCUUGGAUACAAGAUGGAACCCGGAAACUCUAACGCUAUGAACAUGCGGUUCGAGGAGCCAUCUUGACAAUUAGCCGCUGGGACAUCCGACCUGCGCUCUAAACUGUAAGUACGUCAAGGGGCCGAGCAGACAUCACGGCACAUCCAUACAGCACCCAUCUAACAUCUGUUUACAAAGAAAUGACGUCACUAAUAUAAUCAAGAUGAUUUGUGUUCUGUGUGUGUUUCUUGCACUAUUAAAGUUUGUUGUACCAAGGUUGUGAAUUGGUUGUCAUUUACCUUCUGCAAGUUUUGUAUUGAGAGGUUUUAUUAUCUUUGAAUACCUGCAUAAUAAUAUUGAUUAAUACCUCUAUAAUCUCAGAUAUGCACAUGUAAAUUAUUAACCCUCAUUGCGUAAUCACUUAACGCACUCCUUAUCACAUUAGUUACGUAUUUGGUUAUCGUAAAAACAGGAAAUUAAAAUGAGUGUGUACGCCAAUGGAUGACCUUGAGAUUGUCGUUUGGGUGAAACAAUUUGAAUGCCUAUUCUAAAGUUAAACAAAGAAUUUAAAUUCAAACCGAUUACAGUGGCCCAUAUGACAUUAAUGACAGCUCAUCAACCAAUCAGAAACGUUGUGUGAACUAGAAUUCGAAUAAAGAUUGAUUUUUUUUUCUAUUUAUAUUUUGUUGUUAUUAAAAGCACUGUUCUUUAGCUAUUUGCUUUUUUGUGUUGAAUCUUGUGGUUUCUGCUUGGUCGUUCGCGUAUUUACAGUUUGCAGGGUCAAUUCUUCUAUCCAUCAAAGGUUGAGGUCACUAUAAAUGUCAAAGUGACAUGUGACAUUUACAUUUGAUGGGGUGACCAAUUGAUUAUGGAUAUCCUAGCACAUAAUUAUAUUAAAGUAAUAUCAAGGCGCCCAUAAAUGAAUAUUUGUUGCUACUAAGGGUCAAUUUAUACUAGUGCAGAGUCGAAGUGUCUUUUCAAAACUGAACUUAAGAAAUUCAACCUUAAACUCCACAGCGUAACGCACAAAUUACUUCUGGCGCUUACCAAUCCGUGUAGUUCACGCGCAGCCGUGCAAAUACCGGAGAAUGACCGCGACUUUUUAAAAUCUCAGAAGUAAUGUGUGCGUUACGCUGAGGAGUUAAGGUUGAAUUUGUUAUGUUCAAUUUUGGAAAGACGCUUCGACUGCUGUAGUAUAAAUUGCCCCUUAGAUUUUGCUUCUUAUGUAUGUAGAGUAACGCUAAUAUACUAAUAUUUGUUAUAUGUUGCCAAUUUUAGUUUGUAACGCUAGAUUUAUGCUUAAAAACUGUCAGUGCCGCCAUUUUUUACAAAGGAGGAUACUGACUGAAUUUUUUAUUACAUAUUAUUAUACAAUUUUUUUAUAAGCUUCGGAAAUAUGUACUUAAAAUAUGAAGUAAGUAUAUAAGAGAUUAUAUUUGUAACUAACAUGUAUUGUGUUAAAAUUGCAUCAUUAAAUUUUUUUUUU